AGAGUGUAAAAGUUCAAAGAGAAAUCCAGACGAUCAAAUGUGAAGUAGGGAAGUUUAUUUAACAGAAUACUGAGUAGGCCUACAGGAGGAAAUCACAUCAAACAUGGAACAGCAACAAGAUGAAUUGCGGGUGGUCGUGCUGGGUCGAGUCCAGUCAGGCAAGACAUCACUCAUCAACACCGUGCUGAGCCAGUGCAUGGCCGAGCCCGAGCCCAUAAAGGAGGGCUCCACCCGAUCACCGCACUGUUUGAAGAGGCAGGGUGACAUCCGUGGAGGAAGAGGAAGAGGAAGAGGGAGGAAGAUCACCUUGGUAGACACGCACGGCUGGUGGGAGUGUUACCUCCUGGAAGACACGGCCGAGAUAGUCAAGCAGGAGCUCUUACUGAGCGUGCGUCUGUGCGGUCCGGCACCCGGGCCAAAUGUUGUGUUAUUGGCCGUUGCGUUGGACGUCCCGUUCACGGAGCAGCACAGAGAGGCCAUUAGGCAACACAUGGGGCUUUUUGGGGAGCACAUCUGGGCCCACAUAAUUGUCGUGUUCACCAAAGGAGACUGUCUGGAGGGUAAAAGCAUAGAGGAGCACAUUUGGGAACAGGGAGAGGCCAUUAGGUGGAUAUUAGAGAAAUGUGGGGACAGGUUCCAUGUGGUGGACAACCAGAGUCUAGAUUCUGACCAGGUGCUUCAGCUGCUAAGUAAGGUUGAGGCCUUGACAUCGGCUAAUCGCGGCAGUUGUUUUCAAAUUGAUGAGGAGAUAUUGAAAGCAGUUGACGAGAAAAGAGCCACCGUUAAAGUCAAAGCAAAAGCGAGGAAGGAUGCUGUGACACAGCAAAGGAAGCUUCUUGAAGGUGAAGUCAGGCCUUUGACCAGCGUGAGGAUGGUCUUGCUGGGAUGGGUGAGCAGCGGCAAAACUUCUGUGAGGAACACCAUUCUGGACGAAAAUGAGCUAGCCAGCCGAAUGAGAACUCUUUGUUCAGACAUGAAGCAGAGCAAUGUGGCGGGACCGGGACGUCAAGUCUCAGUGAUCGAUACGCCAGGUUGGUGGAAGUACUUCCCAGCCACCUACACCCCAAAAUGGGUGAAAAGGGAGCUCAAGAGAAGUUUGACUCUGGAUGUCAGAUGUCCCCAUGCCUUCCUGCUGGUGCUUCCGUUAGAUGUAUCCUUUCUGAAAGAGCAAAGAGAGGUCAUUGAAGACAAUAUGAAGGUCUUUGGAGACUUGGUCUGGAAAUACACCAUAGUGCUGUUCACCUGGGGCGAUAUGUUGGGCGACGUGAGCAUCGAGGAGCACAUCGAAAGUGAGGGAGAACCCCUGAGGUGGCUCGUGGAGAAAUGUGGGAACCGAUACCACGUCUUUGACAACAUGAACAGAGGAGAUGGAUCUCAGGUCACAGAGCUGUUGCAGAUGAUAGAGGAGAUGGUAGCAAGCAAUAGUGUCUUUUGUGCGAAUGCAGUAGAACAGAAAAGCACACAUAGGGAAGCAGAGGAGACACCAGUAAAAAGUGUAAAUGUGGAGGUGGUGGAGCUACUGGAUCAAGAGUGGCAAAGUCUGAACAAGCAGCUGGAGAAGGAGAUUAAAAAAAUAUGGACUGAGAUGGACUGCAAGAUAAAAGGGAACGACAGCAUUGACCAUGAUGCUAACUUUAAGGACGAGAGUGACCACACAGCAGACUCUGAUGAUGAAGGAAAGCCUGUGGGCCAGGCCAUGGCCGAUGUGCAGCAGUCCAGUGAACUGAGAGACCAGCUGCUAAGAGAGUGGGGAAGGCGAGAGGCUAUACUGUUGGAACGAGUGCGCGGAAUACUGGCAGAACUGCAGACAUCUUAUGAUGUGUCAUCGGGUGUUAGUAAGAAAGAGCUGAUGCUCUCUUACGAAAAGGUCUGGAGAUGGAUUAAGGAAUCCGACCAUUCAACAGCCUCAUUAACCUCAGAAGUGAAGAAGCGCAAAAUGCAGUGAUCAAACGAUACCUUUAUCCUUAAAACUACCUAUUUUUGAUGAUGCUUACUUAAGAAACAUGGUGUUAAAGAUAAAACAAGUCAUCUUACAGUGCAUUUGUUAAAAACCAUGUUGAAAUUUGUGAUACCAACGAGGGGUACAUUGGAGUCUGAUCUUUCUUGUCUAAGAAUAUCCAGAACGGAACAGUUGGCUACAUAGUACACGUGUUGAAUACCCCACAUGUAAACAAUACCU